UCACUGUCAUUUGAUUUUUUUUGUGUAAUUUUAUUGAAUUUGAACUUCUACUUUCACCACUUUUAGAAUAAGUUAAAUAUUUAAGGAUGUGUUUCCUAGUAUUUGAGAUAAACAAUGGGGAUCUAUAGUUGUUUCCGUGGGAACAUUAAAGUUUUAGUAUCUAUAAUAGUAAUUAUACUAGGCGUUUUGUUGUACAAAAAAUAUGAAGAACUACAACAUAUUACCACUAAACAGAAAGGUCAUCGACUGGUGUUCUCACAAGAACAGCUGACCCAGUAUAAUGGACAUAUCCAAGACAAGCUUUAUUUGGCUGUGCUUGGACAAGUUUUUGAUGUGACAGAUGGUAGAAAACAUUAUGAUCAAGGCUCCUCUUACCAUUAUUUCGUUGGUAAAGAUGGGUCAAGAGCUCUUGUUACUGGAAAUUUUAAGGAUGAAAGCUCUAUGAAAGAUCAUGUACUAGAUUUGUCUUGUAAUGACUUAUCUACAUUACUUAAUUGGCGACAAACCUAUAGAAAAAAGUAUAAGUUUGUAGGAUUUUUAAAUGGAAGAUACUAUGAUGAACAUGGUACAGAAACAAAUUACUUAAAACAAUUCAAGAGCAAAUUAAAAGAAUGUAAGGUGGAAAAAAUGAAUCAGGAUAAAGAAAAUCUCAAAUACCCUCCAUGUAACAUUGCUUGGAAUGAAGAAGAGGGUUCACGUGUAUGGUGCACUAAAACAAGUGGUGGUAUUGCCCGUAACUGGGUGGGUGUUCCAAGGCAACUCUUUACACCUGGUGAAGAGAAACCACGUUGUGUUUGCGUCAACUAUGACAUGGAAAGUGACAGUACAAAUUUAUUGAAGAAGUAUCCUGAUUGUCCUGAUACUGCAACAAUGUGCAAAUUUAAUACCUAAACAUUCCAUUUUAAUGUUCUCACAUAUAUAAGAAACUUAGUAUUUAUUGUGUAAUAUUUUACAACAGUAAGUUUAAAAGUAUACAGAUGUAAUGAAGAGUAACUUGUAUUUAUUUUUUCUGACCAUUAAAUAAGGUUUAAGGCUG